AAUUUUUAAGGGGGAUUUUUCCCCUCAAACUUUUUUUUUCUCCGCUCUACCAGACUGCGGUGAUUUUAAAAUUUUUAGGUGGAUUUUCCCCCUCAAACUUUUUUUUCUCCGCUGUACCAGUAAAAAAACACUGAUUCUCAAAAACCAUAAUGUAUGUUCUGCGCACUUUUGACUGCGGAGAUUUUUAAAAUUUAAGAUAUAGUUUCCGCCUUUAACCAAUUAUUUUUUCCCCUGUUACACAUAAAGUUUAAACAGUGUAUACACACUUCAACACUAUUUAUUUCCCUUUUCAGACAGUUCAGUUAAUAUUCAACCAUCGUUCAAUCAGGUUCUGUUAGUUUUAAUCAAGUUUAAUUCAUUUAAGUUUUUUUAUUUUUUUUUUAUAAAAAAUGAAUUUUCAACAAAUUAACAACAGUUUUUGUUCACUUGUUUCGUUAGUACGAAACAAUGCAUAUCCUACAUAUCCAGAAUUCACUACAUUUAUAUCAAGAUUGAAAACAUUCAAUUUAUUUCCGUUGACUUCAUCUCAAGAUAAAUACUCAUUAGCUGAAAGCGGUUUUAUAUAUUCAGGGAAAAAAGAUAUUGUUGAAUGUUUUUGCUGCGGUAUUAUAUUGCAUCGUUGGGAAAAAGAAGAUAAUCCAUGGAUUGAACAUUCAAGAUGGAAUCCGAAAUGUGUUUUUGUAUUAUUAUCAAAAGGAAAUCAGUUUGUUGAAAAUGUAGUAAAAAAAUAUGGUUCUAUCGAAUUAGGUAGCUACAGCAAUAUACAAAGUGAAGAUUGUUCAUUUAUGUACGAGUUAUUACAAUUUCAUUUUAAUUCAUUGUCGAACAUGAUAUUACAAGAUUUAGUGAUGUAAUAUAAAAAAAGUUUCUUAAUUUAUUUUAAUUUAUCGUUCUUGUAAAA